UUGUAGGCGUGGUGACUGAGUUAACGUUUGAUCUUCGUGUUUGACAAAUUUAAUGUAUUUUAACCGAUAUUAUUUCAUUAUUUACAUUUAAACAACUUUUGAAAUCGUUUUAACGACAAGUGGUUUGUGCUUCAAGUGAUUGGCGCUAACGUCUGAAUUCACUGAAAAGCGUGCUGCUGCAUCCACUCCGCUGACUUCCUCCUGUCGAUCACUGAUUGACGUCACGCAGCGGAAGCGUUCACGCUUAUUUUCAUGAUAAUAUGGCAGCCCCAUCGGGUGGAGGCGAUACUGGCAAUGCCAAUGACCAGAUACUUGCCUUGGGUUCUGCACUUCUCAAUAACUUCAUCUAUGAACGGGUUCGUCGCCAUGGUGAUGCUGAAGUAACCCAGGGUCAGUUGGGUGGAGUUGAGCUGUGUGACCCCAGCCAUAAACGUCUUGCGCAGUGUUUGCAGCAGAUCGGAGAUGAGCUGGAUGGAAAUACGCAGCUCCAAAGGAUGUUAAAUGACUCUGCUCUUCAACCGACUCAAGACGUCUUCAUGAAAGUGGCCCGUGAGAUCUUCUCUGAUGGGAAGUUCAACUGGGGCAGGGUGGUGGCGCUUUUCUACUUUGCGUGCCGGCUUGUCAUCAAAGCUAUUUUAACCAAGGUUCCUGACAUCAUCAGAACCAUCAUUAGCUGGACUAUGUCCUACAUUCAGGAACAUGUUGUCAACUGGAUCAGGGAACAGGGUGGAUGGGAGGGAAUCCGCUCCUAUUUUGGGACCCCCACAUGGCAAACUAUCGGGGUUUUCCUGGCCGGAGUUCUCACCACAGUAGUGGUGAUCCGCAAGAUGUGAGCACGAGGACUUAUAAGAAGGUGGAGAUUGAGAGAAGAGGGAAUUAAGACAGUGAACAGAGGGUGAGACAGACCAGCAAGCUUGGGGGGGGAUAUAUACGGAGAAAGAGAAAUAAGAGAGUUGAAAAUGACAUCAAAUCACUGAAAGAAAGAAAGAGAGAGAGAAGAGGAGGAAAGAAAGAGCAUGAUGCAGAUGUCUUGAGCCACUCUUUUUACUCCUGAGCCUGUACCCUUUCUCAUCUACAACUUAUAACAUUUGCACUGUAAAACGAGAGAUUAAUGCACAAGAGUUCAAGUUUAGGCCUAAUUUUAGCUAUUUAUUUUUAGUAUGGGGUUAUGGAUAUCUUGGUUAUAUAAAAUACUUUAUUGGCGAGAGAUUAAUGCACAAGAGUUCAGGUUUAGGCUUAAUUUUAGCUAUUUAUUUUUAGGAUGCGGUUAUGGAUAUCUUGGUUAUAUAAAAUACUUUAUUGGUAUUUGAUUUAAUUUAUUAACAUUGUUCUGAUUCAUUUAGGAGUCAUAUUUUUUUUUUUUUUUUUUUUUCUUCAAAGUGAGUAAUAACAGUCACAGUUGCGUUUAAUGAAAAAAAAAUAUAAUAGCUCAUAAGUGUUGAAUUAUUGUAAUAUUUGUCUCUCUUUUUGAGCAUACCAUCUGUCAUCUGAAAGAGUAGGAAUGGGCUCAGGCUGUUUUUCUGCUAUUUGAAUUUCUCCUCUUCCUCAUUCCUCCUCUUCUUUCUUAGUUCGCCAGUUCAUCGCAGCAGGGGCUAAGAAACAACAACGAAGUUGAUUAUACUUGAAGGUACAUUUUUAGCCGUUUAUGAAGUGUUUGCAGCAGCGUUUGAGCAUUGCAGCCAACCAAUCAGCACUCUGGUUGCAGUAUGUGGGCGUGUCUUAGUUUGCGUGAGCGUCGAGCCCCUCCUACAACAGGGAUGGACAAUACUAGUGAUUCUUAAAUGCAUUAUACUUCUCUGAGCCAUGAAGACAGCGUUUUUUACAGAACCAAAUAUUUUCCUUUUCGAAUAGUGGAGGGUCCUGCUUGACUAUCAAAACACUUAGAAAAGCAGUUAGUUUCGCUUGCGCUGGUGCAAACAUUCGGUGUUUAAAUGAUAGCGCAUGGGCAGACUCGUCACAGAUCAGUUGAGACUUCCCCUCAGCAAAGUCUUCUUAGUACUGUAUUUUAACCAUGGUUAGUCAGACCCACAGUCCUACCUUUACAUGCAAUCGUUCUUUUUAUGUACUUGUUUCUUUCUCUUUUGGUUGUUUGGAUACAGUUUCUUUUAUUUUUGAUUCUUUCGUUGACAGUGCCUUGGCCUUUUUAUGAUACUAGCCACCCCUUUUUUCAGCUUUUUCUACAUCUUUGUAAAAUGGUAUCAAUUGUGCACCCUAAGGCAGUCUACAUGCUGUGAGCCCAUGAGUUUGUUUUGUAAGAUGUAAAAUGAAAAAAUAAAUUGUUUUUAUGGAUUUCAAUUUAAA